GAUGUUGAAAAUAUGUAUACCGACAGUUUCACCAAAAGGUAUGGCGCACGUGCGUGGAUAGCUCGGUGGGCACCGGCGGGGCAGUCAUUUCCAGGAACCUCAUUAAGUCCCUCUGUCGCCGCUCGCGCAGGUGCGUGAGUCACGGCGCGUCACGUCACGGAGUGUUCCCAGGUUGACAACUUUCAAAACAUUUGCGCGUGGAUCCGUGGGCUGCGUCCAAUUACAUCACCGAGAGCCAUAAAACGGCGCUGCUGCUCACCGUUGGGACAUGAAGAAGCCGAGGACGCUGUGCUGCAGCAUUAAGCUGUUCGUCCUGUGCCACGGACUCCUGCAGUUCUCCCAGCUGCUGUACAGCGCCUACUUCAAGAGCACCAUCACCACAAUCGAGAGACGAUAUGGCCUCAGCAGCUACUCUUCGGGAACCAUUUCCUCUCUCAACGAGAUCAGCAACUGCCUCCUGAUCGUGUUCGUGAGCUACAUCGGGAACCGCGUCCACCGCCCUCGCAUCAUUGGAAUCGGGGGACUGCUGAUGGCCGUCAGCGCCAUGAUGCUGACCUUACCUCACUUUCUGUCCGAGCCCUACAAAUACAACUCUGUUUUAAACAGUCGCCACGACAUUUGCGAAAUCCAGAGCAACUCAAGCGCCCCAGAGUCGUGUGGCCGCGACGAGACCAAGCAUUUGACCGAGACCAACAAGCUGUGGCUGCUCAUGGGCAGCGCUCAGCUGCUCUUUGGUGUGGGCUCAGUGCCCAUCCAGCCCUUCGGGAUCUCCUACAUAGAUGAUUUUGCUGGGAGCGGCAGUUCCCCUCUUUACAUUGCGAUCCUGUUUGCUCUGUCUGUGUUCGGGCCUGCCAUCGCCUACUUACUGGGCUCAGUCAUGCUGCGGAUCUAUGUGGACGUGGACAGAUUAGGAUUAGGAGGCCAAAAGGAGCUGAGACCUGGUGACCCCCGCUGGGUCGGGGCGUGGUGGAUGGGCCUGCUUGUCACCACCGGCUGCCUGGUCCUAACUUCCAUCCCCUACUUCUUCUUUCCACGCAGAAUGCCUGUAGAAGACCAUGUCGACGAUGGAAGUGAGACUGACUUGAACGAUGACUUCAAGAGGCAAGAUAACUCUUUACUGGAUUACCUGAAAAGGUUUCCCCGGAAGUUCGUCUCCCUCCUGGUGAGCCCUCUCUUUCUGCUUCUGAUCCUGGCCCAGUGCUGCUUCUCCUCGGUGAUUGCAGGUCUAUCUACGUUCCUCAACAAGUUCUUGGAGCGACAGUACAGCGCUUCGGCCGGCUACAGCGCCAUGCUAGUUGGUGCUAUGAAUUUGCCAGCCGUGGCGGUGGGGAUGCUGCUGGGAGGGGUCAUCAUGAAGAAGAUGGGCCUCUCUCUGAAGACCAUCCCACGUUUCUCUGCGGUCCUGCUGACCAUCUCCACACUCCUCUGCGUCCCUCUCUUCUUCAUGGGCUGCCCCACACAGAACGUCUCUGGAGUCAAUUACAACCUGAAUGGGUCUGUUUCCAAGUGCAAUUUAAAUUGCUCCUGCGCUGCCAAUGCUUUUAACCCGGUGUGUGGCUCUGAUAAAAUAGAGUACAUUUCUCCUUGCCAUGCGGGCUGCACCAACUUCACCAAAGACCCCAACAACACCCACAGGGUUAAGGAGUUUACCAACUGCGCGUGUAUAUCUGGGAGUGUUGCCCAUUCAGGUCCGUGUUCGAACAGCUGCUCUCAUUUUCUUCUCCCCGUCAUGCUGGUCAUCUCUCUAGCAUCCCUGGUCGCCUGCCUCACUCACAACCCACUGUACAUGAUGGUGCUCAGGACUGUUUCUUUUGAAGAGAAGUCCUUUGCCAUAGGAAUUCAGUUUUUACUCAUGAGAGUAUUAGCGUGGCUCCCAGCCCCUGCUCUGUUCGGUGUGGCCAUUGAUUCAUCGUGUAUCUGGUGGAAACAUGUGUGUGGAAAGAAGUCCGGCUGUGGUUACUACGACAACGACAUCUUGAGGAGCCGGUAUCUGGGCUUACAGGUGGGAUAUAAAAUCGUAGGCAUCCUUCUGCUGGCCAUUCUGGGAUGGAAGGUGCAACGGACUGACGAGUACAAUCUGGAUAAGAGGCCUGAAGGACUACUGUGAUCUUUCUGAGACUUCCUGUUGAUCCAAGCCUCUCAAAGCUUUCCAGUGGUGUUAAAUAUUUUGAAGACGAGUGCGCUGAGCAAAGCUAUGUCAGUGGGAGGAAUCCGUAGUCACGACUGGCCUACGCUGACCUCAAUUUCUGUAGGCUCACUUCCCUACUUGGCGCUUCAUUGGGUGGAUUUAGGAUGUCCAUUUUCCAAAAGUGAGAAAUUUGUCUUGUUUUGGAUGCAUUUAAAGCUUACAGUUGGAAUCGCUUUGACAAUAUAACCUAUUCAGAACAAGUUAAGACAGUUCAGAUAAAGCUCUUUACUACAUUUUAUGUGGAUCUAAGACAGUGAUGACUUUACAGUUAAAUAUCCUUGUAUAUUACAUGUUCCUCGAUGGAAUCUAUUCGGGUUUCUAUUUACAAUGGGAACAUAUUCUGUAACUAAUUAACUGUAUAGCUUAAUAUUUAAGUUUAUUUUUUUUAUAGGUGUUUGUCUCAUGCACAGAGACAUCUGUGAAAAGUGCAUUACUCAUACUCAUAUAUGACAUGUAACUCUUUAAUUACAAUGCUAAUUAGUUUUCAGAUAUCAACGCUGUUACUCAAAAAGUAAAUCAAAUGAAUUCAGCACAAACAUUAUGUUAUACUGGUGUGGUGAUCAGGUGGAGUGCAAACUAAUGUAGGUGUUGUUGAUGAAAAUAUAUGCAGUACAAUUAA